AUGCAUGGCACGCAAUGUGGCUUCUGCACGCCGGGAAUCGUCAUGAGUUUGUAUGCACUCAUCAGAAACUCAUACCGAGAUGGCAAAUUUCACUUGACCAACUCUGAAGUUGAGCUACAGGGCCAUCUCGACGGAAAUCUCUGUCGUUGUACCGGCUAUAAACCCAUCUUUGAAGCAGCACGAACCUUUAUCACAGAAGACCUCAACGGAACGAUAGCCGAGAUCAACGGCAAGGAGAUAACGCCCGAGAAACCCACAGAAGACGACUAUGCAACUGUUGCGCGCGAAGCCAACAAGACUGGUUCAUGCGGUCGUCCUGGAGGCUGCUGUCGUGAUAAUCCCGAUUCAAAAGGAUGUGACUCAACUGGUGUUGAUGAAUCGAACCCGAAGGAGAUGGAGACACCAAUCACAGCCCCCAGACCUCAAGAAACACCCAGUACACCACCAAAAUCACCCGACAAACCAGUGUUUGGAGAGACCUUCUUACCAUACGACCCCUCAACAGAGCCCAUCUUCCCCCCAGCGCUACGAAAGUACGAACCUCAACCAAUCUGCUACGGCGACGACAGAAGACUCUGGUUCCGACCAACAAACCUCCAACAGCUGAUCGAUUUGAAGGGCGUGUAUCCAGAAGCCAAGAUCGUUGGUGGUGCAAGUGAAACUCAGAUCGAGGUUCGCUUCAAGAAGAGAGCUUAUCGUGUUUCCGUAUUUGCUGCAGACAUCUCUGAGCUGAAUAGUUUCACCAUCGAUCCUCUGCAGAUGAAACAGGCUGAGCUUGAAUCCCUGAAGACUAUCAGUAUACCCGGAAACCUUUCCUUGUCCAAAGUUGACGAGAUGUGUACUAUCUUGUACGCCAAGCUAGGUCGAAGAGCUUCAGCACUAGAAGCCCUCCGAAAGCAACUUCGGUACUUUGCAGGUCGACAGAUCCGCAAUGUAGCCAGUCUAGCAGGGAGUCUCGCCACAGCAAGUCCCAUCUCUGACUCCGCACCCAUCCUGUUAGCAGCAGGCGCCAAAGUGAAGAUUCAUUCUCAAACCGGCGGGAUAACUGAGAUUCCGCUGUCCUCGUGGUUUCUGUCCUACAGAACUACUGCACUACCUGAAGACGGAGUCAUAGCAGAGAUUGUGAUCCCGCUUCCAAGUGAAGAGAUCGAGAUUACCAAGGCGUAUAAGCAGGCGAAGAGGAAGGAUGAUGAUAUCGCUAUCGUCACUUCUGGGUUUAGGGUUAGAUUGGAUGGGAACGGGGUUGUAGAGGAUGCUGCUUUUGCUAUCGGUGGUAUGGCGCCUACGACUGUAAUGGCUGAGAAAGCGCAGAAGGCUGUCGUAGGGAGGAAAUGGUCUGAUAUGAAGACCUUGAAUACGGGAAUUGAUGCUCUGUUGGAGCAGCUUCAGCUUCCAUUUGGUGUCCCUGGCGGCAUGGCGCACUACCGAAAAGUUCUUACUGUCUCCAUGUUCUUCCGCUUCUGGCACGAAGUCGUUCACGAUCUCGGUCUCGGUGAAGUCGAUGCCGAUCUCAUUGAGGAGAUUCACCGCGGUAUCUCAUCCGGAAAUCGUGACAACUUCACUUCUUCGAUGUUGAACAGAGGUACCAAGGAAGUCGGCCGUCCCAUUCCUCACCUCUCUGCCGUCAAGCACUGUACCGGCGAGGCAGAAUAUGUGGACGAUAUGCCACGCCAGCACAACGAACUCUUCGGAGCCCUGGUCAUGUCUAAAGCAGCUCACGCUGAGAUUCUCGGGGUCGAUUACUCAGUCGCCCUGGAGAUGCCAGGUGUAGUCGGAUACAUCGACAAGGACAGCAUCACCAAAGAGCAGAAUACAUGGGGCCCCGUCGUCCUUGAUGAACUCAUCUUUGCAGAUGGAAAGUCCAACUACUACGGCCAAGUCAUCGGUAUGAUCUACGCCGAGACAGCGCUUCAAGCUCGUGCUGCUGCCGAUGCCGUCACAGUAACAUACAAACGCCUCCCUCCCAUCUUCACAAUCGAUGAAGCCAUCAAAGCAAAGAGUUUCUUCAAACACGGCAAAGAACUUCGAAAGGGCGAUGCUCUUAGUGGUUCCCUUGACGGAGCGUUUAGUAAAUGCGCUCACGUCCUCGAGGGCACCACCCGCAUGGGCGGCCAAGAGCACUUCUACCUCGAAACCAACGCAGCCCUUGCAAUUCCUCACAUGGAAGACGGAUCAAUGGAAGUCUACAUCUCGACGCAGAACCUCAUGGAGAACCAAGUCUUCACCGCUCAAGUCCUCGGCGUGCCUAUGAACAGAGUCAACAUGCGCGUGAGGAGAAUGGGUGGUGCUUAUGGAGGUAAAGAGUCGCGAACUACGGCCCUUUCGAUGUAUCUUGCUCUCGCGGCGCAGAAGACGGCGAGGCCUGUGAGGAUGAUGCUGAAUCGCGAUGAGGAUAUUGCUUUUAGUGGACAGCGACACCCGUUCCAGUCAAAGUGGAAGGUUGGUGUUGAUGAGAAGGGUAAGAUACAGGUCUUGGAUAUUGAUAUCUAUAAUAAUGCCGGUGCAUCGUUGGACAUGAGCGGCGCAGUCAUGGACCGGGCUUGUACGCACGUCGACAACUGCUAUCACAUUCCUCACGCUUGGAUCCGUGGACACGUUUGCAAGACAAAUACGGUCAGCAACACAGCGUUCAGAGGCUUCGGUGGUCCGCAGGGAAUGUACAUCACUGAGACUAUCAUGUUCAAGAUCGCAGAGGCUCUGAACAUGGACGUUGAUGACCUUCGAAUGCGGAACUUGUACGAAGUCGGUCAGCGAACACCUUUCCUGCAGGAGAUCACAGAUGAUUUCCAUGUUCCUACCAUGAUGGAGCAGCUGAGUUCGUCUUCCGAGUUUGAGAAGCGCAAGUCUGCCAUCAAAGAGUUCAACGCCAAGAAUCGCUUCAAAAAGCGAGGCAUCUCUAGAAUUCCAACCAAGUUUGGCCUAAGUUUCGCAACUGCCCUUCAUCUCAACCAAGCAGCAGCCUACGUCAAGAUCUACGAAGACGGCUCCGUCCUUCUCCACCACGGCGGCACAGAAAUGGGUCAAGGUCUCUACACCAAAAUGACCCAAGUCGCCGCCGAAGAGCUCAACGUGAGCGUUAAUUCAAUCUACAACAAAGAGUCCCAAUCCGACCAAGUCGCCAAUGCUUCACCGACCGCUGCAUCAUCUGGCAGCGACAUCAACGGCCAAGCUGUGAAGAAUGCAUGUGAUCAGAUCAAUGAGAGGCUGAAGCCGUAUAGGGAGAAGUUUGGUAAGGAUGCUAGUAUGGCGGUUAUUGCGCAUGCGGCGUAUAGGGAUAGAGUUAAUCUGGCGGCCAACGGGUUUUGGAAGAUGCCGAGAAUUGGGUAUGAGUGGGGAAAUUGGAAGGAUCCUUUGCCUAUGUACUAUUACUUUACACAAGGAGUGGCUAUAUCUGAGGUAGAGCUGGAUACUCUUACGGGAGACUCGACAGUAUUGAGAACCGAUCUAAUGAUGGACAUCGGACGAUCCAUUAACCCAGCAAUGGACUAUGGUCAAAUCGAGGGCGCUUUCGUCCAAGGCCAAGGCCUCUUCACAAUGGAAGAAUCCCUCUGGAUGAAAUCCGGCGAAAUCUUCACCAAAGGCCCAGGAACAUACAAAAUCCCCGGCUUCUCCGACAUCCCCCAAGUCUUCAACGUAAACACCCUCCAACACGACUCCCAAGGCAACCCCAUCAAUUGGUCAAAACUAGGCUCCAUCCAAAGCAGCAAGGGUGUAGGCGAACCUCCUCUAUUCCUGGGCUGUGCGGUGUUCUUCGCUCUAAGAGAAGCAGUCAAAUCUGCGAGGGGGAUGAAUGGUGUUGAUGAGCCUUUGGUGCUGGAUGCGCCGUGUACGGCGGAGAAGUUGAGGUUAGCUGUUGCGGAUGAUCUUGUGAGGAGGGCAGUUGUUGAGAAGAAGGAUGAUGAGCAAGAAUUCUUUAUAAGGAUUGAGUCUUAAUAUAGAGAUAAAGCUAACUAGAAUUAUACAAUGUAUAGAGGUUGAG